AUCUUCAUAUCGAUUUAGAUUUAAAAAGCAACGUUUUCUCCCCAUUAUCCCCCACUCACUUCCCAUUUCCCCACUGUUUCUUUCUCUAAAUUUCUCCUCAUAUAUAUGCAUGCUUUGGGAUAAAGGAAGUAAAGUGAGAGAGGUUAAUGGUUGAUAAUUGAUUGAUUUUUUUUAUUUGAUUAUUCUUCAGCAAGGAAUUAAAACAGCCAUGGCUGUUUCUCCAUGUUUGGGUGUUAAUGAUCAGAAGAAACACUGGUGGGUUAGCAAUAGAAAGCUUGCAGAAAAGUAUGUAAAGGAUGCAAGGAGCCUCAUCGCGACGCAAGAGAAAGACGAUAUCGUUUCCGCUCUUAAUCUUCUGGAAGCGGCAUUGGUGGUCUCGCCUCGUUUAGAGACGGCUCUGGAACUCAAAGCUAGGUCUUUGCUGUACCUGAGACGUUUCAAGGACGUUGCUGACAUGCUGCAAGACUACAUUCCCAGCCUCAAGAUCUCGGCCGACGACUCGGGCUCCGUUUCAUCGGAUAACUCGUCACAGUCACUCUCGAGGGAGCGAGCCAAGCUUCUCCCUUCUGCUAACUCGUCCUCCGACUCACCUGAUCGUGACCCAUCUUUCAAGUGCUUCUCCGUCUCGGACUUGAAGAAGAAAGUGAUGGCUGGGUUGAGUAAGAACUGCGACAGAGAAGGGCAAUGGAGGUACUUAGUUCUAGGCCAAGCAUGCUGCCACUUGGGACUAAUGGAGGACGCCAUGGCACUCCUACAAGCCAGUAAACGUCUAGCCUCCGCCGCAUUCCGCCGUGAAAGCAUCUGCUGGUCUGACGAUAGUUUCUCUCUCCCUACCACCAUUAAUACUUCAGACAUCUCCUCUGCCGCCACGACGCUUCCUAGCAAUCCCACAUCUCUCUUUGAAUUGGAAAACAUUUCCCAGCUUCUUUCGUAUAUCAAAUUCCUAAUCCGCCGUCGAACUGCUGCCAUCGCCGCUUUAGAUGCUGGCCUAUACUCUGAAGCCAUACGCCAUUUCUCCAAAAUAGUAGAGGGUCGCCGCCCUGCCCCUCAGGGCUUCCUUGCAGAGUGUUAUAUGCAUCGAGCCUCUGCUUACAAGGCCUUGGGUCGAAUAACUGAGGCGAUCGCGGACUGUAACAAAACGCUUGCUCUGGAUCCAUCUUGUAUCCAAGCGCUCGACACCAGGGCCAUGCUUUUGGAAACAAUACGAUGCCUACCUGAUUGUUUACACGACCUCGAACACUUGAAACUGCUUUACAAUUCCAUCUUGCGAGAUAGGAAACUUCCAGGUCCGGCCUGGAAGCGUCACAAUGUUCGGUACAGGGAGAUCCCGGGGAAGCUUUGUGAAUUAACGACUAGAAUCCAACGAUUGAAGCAAAGGGUUGCUUCUGGGGAGACUGCAAAUGUUGAUUAUUAUACAUUGAUUGGUUUGAGGCGUGGGUGCUCAAGGUCUGAACUUGAGAGAGCUCAUUUGCUGCUGUGCUUAAGGCACAAACCGGAUAAAGCUACCAACUUUAUUGAUCGAUGUGAGUUCGCCGGAGAGCUCGAUCUCGACUCCAUUAAAGACAGAGCCAAGAUGUCGGCUUUGCUUCUUUACAGAUUGAUUCAAAAAGGGUAUUCCAGCGUGAUGUCUACAAUCAUGGAUGAAGAAGCAGCAGAAAAGAACUGGAAGAAAGGCGCUGGUGCUUUAAAACAAGCAAAACAUUCAACAAUUCAAGUGCCGCUAACCCAAAAUUCAAACUCUAAGUUAGAACAGGAAGCCAAUCUCGCUUCUUCGACAAAAUCAUCAGAUGUUUCGGCCGGCCAUAGUUCCAAUACAAAUUCGAUUCAAGGUGUGUUUUGCAGGGAUCUUGCUGCGGUUGGGAAUUUGCUAUCACAAGUAGGGUUUAAUCGUCCACUUCCAAUGAAGUAUGAGGCACUGAGUUGCUGAUUGUUACUUAGAAGUCCACUCUACUGUCAUAUCAAAGAUUAUAAAGUUACUGGAGAUGUUUAUCCGGCAAAUGAAUCUCUUUACAAAUUUUCCUGUUUGUACAAAAAAAGUAAAAAUUUUAACCUGCCGGGAAAUUUUGUCGUCACCUUUCUUCAUUUUACGUUUUUAUCUACCACAUGUACAUAAAAUUUCAUUAUUGAAAUUCUACUUUUGGCUUGGCCUAAAAAGUUAUUUUUUCCAUUGAAAUUCAAUUUAAUGGAGAUUAAUGUUUAGAUUUACACUAGAUUUUUUGAUUUAGCAAAUAUGA